CACGAGGUGAGCUAACUCCCCUUUUUUCAUAUUCCUUGAUUUUCUCUCUCCAAAAUCAGUGUCCCCCCUCACUCGCUUUCUCUCUCUGCAUAUCUUUUGGUGUGUUGUGGAGAGGGCUAAAAUCAGCAUUCUAACGGCAGUUUUCGGAUUGAAGGAUAAUGGGAUCUCGGUUACAGAUUGAAGGAGAUGAAUCUGUACUUGUGCGGGUCACUCACUCCAAUAUUAAGAGCUUUUCCCCUGAAAUCCGGUUUUCACUUCAGAUGACAGUGGAAGCCGUUAAAGAGAAGCUUUGGAAAAAGUGUGGUACUUCCGUCAAUUCAAUGUCCCUAGAGCUCUAUGAUGAAAUUGGUGCUAAAAUCUCAGUCCUAAGUGAUAAUGCGAGACCCCUUGGUUUUUAUUCCCCAUUGGACGGUUAUUGCCUGCAUGUCAUUGAUCUUGAUCCAUCAUCAGUGACUUCUGGAGGUUGGCUCGAGGACACAUCACUUGUGGAUAAGUACACUAUCUCUGACGAGGCUUAUGGGAAACUUGGUGGUACUUUCAGAAAAUUCAAGGAAACAUUGCCGCUUAAGCAACCGCCUGGUCAAGAAUCUAAAAUAUCUGACAACUAUAUGGGAGAAGUUUGUGCAGAUAUUAAGAUAUGGGACAGAUGUGAAGUGGAACCUGGAGAGAGAAGAGGCACGGUCAAAUUUGUUGGUCAGGCAGAAACACUUGCACCUGGGUUUUGGGUUGGAGUUCAGUUUGAUGAACCUGCAGGAAAACAUGACGGCAUGGUGAAAGGGAAACGUUACUUUGACUGCCCUCCCCUUCAUGGUGCAAUGGUCCGCCCAGACAAAGUAAAGGUUUGUUUAAGGGGUAUCGUUGUCAUAUUCCAAUCCCUAAUAAACUUGCCGGUUAAUGUUCUGAUAAAAGAAUUAUACUUGCCGGGACAAGAGUGGGUUGCUUUAGUGGUGAGCACCCUCCACUUCCAACCAAGAGAUUGUGAGUUCGAGUCACCUCAAGAGCAAGGUGGAGAGUUCUUGGAGGGAGGGAGUCGGGGGUCUAUCAGAAACAGACUCUCUACCCCAGGGUAAAGAUUGGAGAUUAUCCAGAAAAAGACCCCUUUGAGGAAGAGGAAAUUUAAAUGCCAGUUUGCUGCUCCGUUUGCUUUACUUGAAAUUUUAAUAGAUAGGAUAUGCAUAUGUUUCAAAUAUACAAUUGAGCAGGAAAGAUGAACAGGCUUAAGCUAAUUGAAAGUCACGGUAGUGUAUAUUUAUCUACUGUUGCAUUAUUUUUUUUUAAAAUGAGAUGAUUUCAACAUUCCA